UUCACAUAUGGCGCUCUGUUGGCCCUCUUUCUAUUUUUUCCUUUCUGUUUUCUGAAUAUCCUUUCCAAAACACUUUAUUGACCUUUAUUUUAUUAAUAAAAAAAAAAAUUUCUAUAUUUCUGUUUUGGUUUGUUUUCCUGCAGGCAGCAUCAUAAAAUCUUAAUCAAGUGAAAAUGGCCUUUAGCAAUCUGACAUCAAAGGCUGUGCUACUGUAUGAUGAAUGGAUUAAAGAUGCUGAUCCACGACUGGAAGGCUGGCCGCUCAUGUCUUCACCUUUUCCAACAACCUUUAUUGUUGGAACCUACAUUUAUUUUGUCACUUCUUUGGGACCCAGAAUCAUGGAAAAUAAAAAACCUUUUGAACUGAGGCAGAUAAUGGUGUUUUAUAAUUUUAGUGUGGUAGCCCUCUCUAUAUAUAUGACUUAUGAAUUUCUUAUGUCAGGCUGGGCCACAGGGUACUCGUUCCGGUGUGAUGUUGUUGACUACUCAAGGUCACCUACAGCUCUGAGAAUGGUACGAACUUGCUGGCUUUACUACUUUUCCAAGUUCAUUGAAUUAUUGGACACGAUUUUUUUUGUGCUGCGUAAGAAAAACAACCAAGUAACAUUCCUGCAUGUCUUUCAUCAUUCCAUCAUGCCAUGGACCUGGUGGUUUGGAGUCAAAUUUGCUGCAGGUGGUUUGGGAACAUUUCAUGCACUACUGAACUGUAUUGUCCACGUUGUCAUGUACACUUAUUAUGGAAUCUGUUCUUUGGGACCAGCCUAUUAUAAAUAUUUGUGGUGGAAAAAAUACAUGACCACUAUGCAACUUGUCCAGUUUAUUUUGAUUACGGGCCACAUUGGACAAAUCUACUUAAUGGAUGAUUGUCCAUACCAGUAUCCAAUUUUCAUGUUAAUUAUCUGGAUGUAUGGCUCUAUGUUUUUGGUCUUGUUUCUCCACUUCUGGUACCACGCUUACACAAAGGGAAAGCGACUACCAAAGACGGCAAAAAAUGGGAUCAGCAAAGAUCAGUGAAACAAA